AUGGGGGGAAUAUUUUCGAAAAAAGAGAGAGCUCCAAAAUCAGCACCUGUUUCCGAUCAAGAUAAUGCAAUUCUGGCUCUCAAAACACAAAGAGACAAAAUGAAACAAAUGGUGAAACGAAAAGAAAAUUGUUUAGAAAAGGAGAGACAAUUGGCAAAACAAUUGCUCAAGGAUGGGAAGAAAGAUCGAGCCCUGUUGAUUCUGAAGAAGAAACGAUACCAGGAGAACAUGAUCGAUCAAACUCUGAAACAUCUCAGCAAGAUUGAGCAAAUGGUAAAUGAUCUAGAAUUCGCCGAAGUUCAACAACGUGUUACUGAAGGACUUCGACAAGGAAAUGAGGCAUUGAAAAAGAUGAAUCAACUAUUCGAUAUUGAUGAAAUCGAUAGAAUCAUGGAGGAAACUAAAGAAGCUGCUGAUUAUCAAGAGGAAAUCUCAAACAUGCUCGCUGGACAACUUUCUACCUCAGAUGUAUCUGACGUUGAGAAGGAAUUAGAAGAACUUUUGGCCGCUCAAGUACCUCAAGUUCAACUUCCCGAUGUUCCAAGUCACGAACUUCCGGAGGCCGAAAGAGAAGCUCAAAGAGAAAAAGAUAAGCCCCGCAAAGAAAGAGUUGCUCUGGAAGCAUAA